CCUUUCUCUAAUACCUGCCAUAUAAAGUUAUAUGCAACAUGCUGUAGUGAUGGCCUAUUAUUUUAUUGACCAAUAAGGAGACGCAGAUAGCAGUGGAAAGAAACAGGUCUUGCAAUGUAUACCCUGAUGGGAGGUGGCCUGCUCUGUGCAGUGUCUGGAUUGGUUCUCCUCAUAGUUGCCACAGCGACUGACUUUUGGAUGCAAUAUCGUUAUUCGGGAAACUUAAGCAACCAAGGGCUGUGGAGAUUCUGCGUGGCUGGGAAAUGCCACCCCCAUACAAUCACUGUUGCAUUUUGGGAUGCCACCCGGGCAUUCAUGCUGCUAUCCAUCCUAUCAUGCUUUGCGGGCAUUAUUUUGGGCCUGACAGCUUUUUCCAGUGGAGCCAAAUCUGCUAGAACUCGUUCUGCUGGGGUCACUUUGCUGGUGGCAGGUUUCUUUGCUCUGCUGGCUCUGUCUGUCUACACCGGAGUGACGGUGAAUUUCUUUGGGAAGCGUUAUGCAGAUUGGCGGUUUUCCUGGUCUUAUAUCCUGGGUUGGAUCGGGAUCAUCCUCACUGUAUCAGCAGGUAUUUUCCAUAUCUGUGCCUUUACAAGAAAUGGCUCCCAAGAUGUGAGCAAUGUGUCCAGUGGAUGACCUAGAAAGUGUUCCAACUCUUGCCCCGUCUUUUGGAAUUUCAUCCUCAUCUUCUUUAUAGUUUAUUCUACUCCAGCUGAUAAACAAUGAUCGUCACUGCCAAAAAAAAGACCUCUAUUUAUAAUGUAUAGUCACUCAUGGAACCAGUAUUCAAUAUCUGUUAGAACUUUUAUAUUGUUACAGAUGUUAUAGUGUUUACUUUAAGAACCACUGUUGCUUUUAUAUGGCUGUAUAGACCAGCGGUGUCCAAAGGGAUGAUCUACUCUCUUGGACUGUCACAUGGAAACUGCUGUUCAGGGCAGGAAUUAGAAAAGUUGGGAUCUCAUAUCCAAGAAAACAGGUGUAUUAAUAAAAAAUAUAUCUGGGAUCCUUUUCUUAGAUUACCAUGUGGAUAAAUAUACCCAUUGAAUGAA